AAACGAGGUCAGUUUAAAUAGAUAAUCCGACCCAGCACACGCAGAAAUUCUUCCGUCAAAGGGGCUUUAUUUCUCUGCGUUAUCAGCUCCAAACACGUUGACGUGUGCCAUGCGCUCCUUCAGUCCAUCAGACGCAGUUACCCCCGAGAAUUUGAUUCAAGACUGGGCCAUCUCAACUACCGAAGCAUGGACGAAUGAGGUCAAAGCUGAGUGGAAGCGACAGCGCCGAUGCGAGACACUGGUUCGUUUCCGCAAACAGAAGAAAAAGAAGACCGCGAACAUGAUACUAGAACGAGACCGCUUGGAGCUGGAAGUCAAGCAGCGACUGGCAGCCUUACGCGAAGCAGUGGCGCAGCGAAGUGACGAUGGCAUCCCAACGAAGUCAAACAAGACAAGGGACACAGUCUGCUGUCUCGCUCUCGAGAGCGACGCGCUCCGUAACGAGAACCUCGAGAUGCAUCAGAGACUUCUACAAUUCAAACGUCUAUGGUCAAUUAUUGAUGAAGGAUUGCUAGAAGUCACGACCCAGGGACUCUAUUUGAACGGCUACAAUGUCUACGAGGCCAGUGAUCGGUCUCGAUGGGUACGCCAAACUGAGGCGGGAUGGCGAGUGAGCUUCCCUAAUGGCGAACCUUCCUUCUUCUUUGAGCCAUUUCUGCGAGAAGAAUUUGAUGCCAUGUACAAGAAAUGUAUCGAAGAAUUGCUCAAACCUCAACAUAUCGAUCCCGCCGGUACACUGUUUGGAUGGACAGUAAACUACGCUACAAACUUUCGCUCGUUCGAGGACAAUUACAUCGUUGCUCGAGCUAGAUUCAGCAAGAGAGUUCGGUGUUCUCUAGACUACGUAGAUGGUGUGAUAACAGCUUCGGACCUCAAUGGCUUACCUCUGAUCGUGACAUCUUUGGGACGGGAGCGAAGUGCAGUUUCCAUCCAAGUGUUACAGAAGUUCGAGAAAGAUGCACACAUCAUGGUUUGCAACAUGUCUGGAUCGCCAAAUUUCCGGUAUUUGUUUCUACUUAAACGAGAGCCCCAUCUACUACUAGAUGGGACACGCACUGUCGCUUAUACGAUGGCGAUCGUCAACUCCAACGCAAACACAAGAGCUCGUAGUGCAGAAGAACCUCACAGUGAAGUUGAGUGGGCUCAUGAAGGUUCGAACGUCUUACUAGUUACAGAAGUGGACGACAACACAGUGGAUGUGAAGUUUGACUUCAAGGCGUCGUGUCAAGAUGAUCUUCAUGCACGGUUUGUCUGUAUUCAGUGGGCGCAAUUUGUCUCCCGCUGGUUGCAAGGCGUGGAUCCGCUGGCUCUUCUUGCUUCACAAGACGAAUAUGUCCUAUAACUUUAAACUCCCGACUGCAUUGCAUGGAUAACGACUGCAUUCGCCACCAAUUUCUCUCGUUACAGGGUUUAGCAAAUAUUCAUAGACUAAUUUUCAAAAGGUCAAAUUUGGUUGCAGGAGUACAACGCAUAAAGCGUGGAAGAGGUUCACUUUUUUGAGUUUAGUGUAGACUGAAUUCCUAUCAUGGACUGCCA